CCCCCCCCCCAGCAGCAGCCCCCCCGCCGGAUCCAGGGGGAGCAGGGGCUGCGGCAGCAGCAGGAGGAAGCAGCAGCCAUGAAGGACCGUACUCAGGAGCUGCGGACUGCCAAAGACAGCGACGAUGAAGAAGAGGUGGUUCAUGUGGACCGGGAUCAUUUUAUGGAUGAAUUCUUCGAACAGGUGGAGGAGAUCCGCGGCUGCAUAGAGAAGCUGUCGGAGGACGUGGAGCAGGUGAAGAAGCAGCACAGCGCCAUCCUGGCUGCUCCCAACCCAGAUGAGAAGACCAAGCAGGAGCUGGAGGACCUGACGGCCGACAUCAAGAAGACGGCCAACAAGGUGCGCUCCAAGUUGAAAGCCAUCGAGCAGAGCAUUGAGCAGGAGGAGGGGCUGAACCGGUCCUCAGCUGACCUGCGGAUCCGUAAAACACAGCACUCCACCCUAUCCCGUAAGUUUGUGGAGGUGAUGACGGAGUACAACGCCACCCAGUCCAAAUACCGGGACCGCUGCAAGGAUCGGAUCCAGAGGCAAUUGGAGAUAACUGGCCGGACAACCACCAACGAAGAGCUCGAAGACAUGCUGGAGAGCGGCAAACUGGCUAUUUUCACUGAUGAUAUCAAAAUGGACUCACAGAUGACGAAACAGGCUCUGAACGAGAUCGAGACCCGACAUAAUGAGAUCAUCAAACUGGAAACCAGUAUCCGUGAGCUGCAUGACAUGUUUGUGGACAUGGCUAUGUUGGUGGAGAGCCAGGGAGAGAUGAUCGACCGCAUUGAGUACAACGUGGAGCACUCCGUUGACUACGUGGAAAGAGCUGUGUCCGACACCAAGAAAGCUGUAAAAUACCAGAGCAAGGCUCGGAGGAAGAAAAUUAUGAUUAUAAUUUGUUGCGUGGUCCUUGGGGUAGUUCUCGCUUCCACAAUCGGGGGGACUCUGGGGUUGUAAAUCAAAGCAAAAAAAUAUAUAAUAAUAAUAAUAUAAUAAUAAUUUAAAGAAAAAUUGUACAUGCAAUGGAUAUAACAGCACAUGUUCCAGCUACCUAUACAUACACUCCUUGGGGGUCAGCAAAUCUAAGUUUCUUGUUCUCCGCCAUCUUUCCAUCCAUCUCUCCAUCCCCCGGAUACCUGGGUUCUCCCCAGAUCUUCCGACAUCCUUGACCCCUGGUAGGAGGGCGUGGAUUUGUCUCAUAACCAACCAUUGGGUUCACAGUGACCCAAAAGCUCCGGUUCCUCUUCACAUCAGGGGUUAGCCUGGAGGAAUGGGAUGGUGACCUGUCCUUUGUUAAUGCUAUCUUGUUUUGGGUUCUGCUGGGGAUGGUGUGGCCAGUAGUAGGGGGGGGAAAUACCAGUAUAAUACAUGGAAAACUAGCAUAACAGGAUAUUAUACUGUCAAUACCAGAAUGUUAAGGAAUGCCAGAGUGGUUACCAGUCAGUUGUUAUGAAAAAUACCAGUUUAUUCUAGGAAAUACUACAGGAGCUGAAUAUUACAGUGUCAAUACCAGCCCACUGAGGAAAACAGGAGUAGUUACCCAUCAAUCAUUAUGGAAAAAAUACCAGAGAAUUAUAUGAAACACUAGAGCAGCAAAAUAUUACAAUAUCAGUACUAAAAUAUUAAAGAAUAUCAGAAUGAUUACCAGUCAGUCAUUGUCAGGGGGAAACAGACUGCUACAUAAAAUACUAGAGUAACAGAAAAUGGUGUUGAUACUAGAGCAUUGAGGAAUUCAAGAGCAUCAAAUUAUACCAGAAUAUGAAUGAAGCACCAUCCCAAAAUACUAAUAGUAGCAUACUAGUCCUGCAGUAUGCAGGAAAACUAGAGUACUAGUAUUAGCAUAUAGAGGAAUGCUACAGCAGACUCCAAUGCUACAGUAUCAAUGCUACAGUAUCAAAAAUGCUAGAGUACAAAUACUGUCGUUCCAAAGAAUGCUGUCAUAUCUCAGACUACUUCAGUAGCAAUGUUACUGUAUCCAGGUGUACUAGAGCAAUGCUACUACAGUGCCCAAGAACCCAAACUGCAGGAUCCUGGAAUAGUGGAGUAUUUAUGCUACACUAGCAAGAAUGCUGAGCACUGAACAGAUUUAACAAUUUUAUUAAGAUGAUGUUAAAAAAAAAUAGUGAACAGAGUUUGAGCAUAGAAGUUUCUGGUUAUCAGGGAAUAACGUACAGAUUAUCGAGGGUGCAAAAUUUGGUUUAAGAUCGGGUGGCAUGAGCAAUACAUAAUCUGCAAUAUCCCCAAUUGGGGGUAAAAGGUUGAUGGACAUUGAGAUAUGAGGGUAUGAAGUUCAUAGAGUGGCUAUGUUCGGGUGUGGGGUAUAAUGAGUGGACAUGAUGAUGAGGAUGGAUUGACCCUCAUUUGGUGAGAUUUAAUGUUCAGGGAGUUUAUGGUUCCAGUUCAUAUGAUCCAACGGAGAAAGUCUCUUGGUCCCUUUCUCAUAGUCGAAAAACGGUGUCACUCUGGCUCACGCCUCCUGGUACUGUCGGUGGCCGGUGAUGUGCUCGAUGUAGAUGUCUCUGGACCAUCGGAUAGUGUCUGAGACCAUGAAUAUUACAGUAGCCAUGAAUA